AAACUUAUUAAAUAACCUAUUAAAAAUAAGAAAAAAGGAAUACUACGACAGCAAAAUCAAGAAAACCAAUAAUAGUAGUAAGAUGUUAUGGGAUUGUGUAAAUGAGAUUUCCGGUAAAAGGAAUAAAAAGGCAGAAAUAAAUAAGAUAAAAAUCGAAAGUGGGGAAGAAAUAUCCAAUAAAAAUGAUAUUGCUCAGAAGUUUUUGGAACACCUCACAAGCAUUGGUGAAAAACUGGCAGAGAAGAUACCACGCACUGCUCCUAUCAAACAAGAGAGCUCAAAUGCUGUGAGGAUGGGGUCUUUAGAUGAAAGUGCUAUCAAUGAGGGUGAAGCUAAUGCUCGGUAUGCAUUUAUCCUGCUUCUGGAAUGUCGGAGAGAAUCUUCCUGCCUAGAGGUGACACAUUCAUCGCAGCCACAUCUGGAAUCAAGGAGAUCGACUUUAGUAAAGAGGUUUUCAGAUCUGCAUCGUGGGAGGAGAUAUUUACGCUCCUUGUUGCGGCUUGAGGCUGAAGGUUGCUUUGUUAUUAGUUAA